AUGGCCAAAGCUGCAAAGAAAGGAUCACCUGCCAAGAAGGAUUCCAAGACCAAGAAGAGCAGUAAAACCAAGGACCCGAAUGCUCCGAAACGUGCCAUGUCAGCGUUCUUCUUCUGGAUGGCUGACAACCGUGAAAGAAUAAAGAAGCCGGGUAUGGGCGUUGCUGAUGUCGCGAAAGCUGCUGGUGUUGAAUGGGGCAAAGUCACUGAUAAAUCGAAAUGGGAAAAGAAAGCUGCCGAGGAUAAGAAACGCUACGAGUCAGAGAUGGCUGCGUACAAGGCUAGCGAGUAA